AUGGCUGUAUUUUAUUUUGUUGACAAUUAAGAUACUGUUUAAUAUGCAUAAAUUGCAAUAAUACAUCUCUCUUUAACAUUUAAAAUAAUUGAAAGUUUAAUUUUUAAACCUUAUUUACCAUUUAUGAAUGAAACUCAUUUUAAAUUAGGAUUGAUUGCUGAGUUUAUUAAUAUCAUAAUUAGUAUCUGUGUAUUUACAGAAGGUAAAUUAAUUACUUAAGAUGAAAUAUUAUAUCUACUUUUAUUUGCAGCAUCAUUUUCAUAUUAUUUAGGAGAAGUAUUUUAUGAGAGGAAAUCAAUAUAAGCUUAUGAUGUAGAUAUCAAUUGUUUUUCCUGUAUAUCUGUAGCACAAGAACUUUACUUAUAAUGUGUUGCAAUGAAUAAAUUAAUCUAUUAAUAGCAAUUCUUUUAAUUGUAUUUCUAUCACAAAGCUCACAAAUUGAAUUGUUCAAGAAAUUGGAAUAAAAAGCACAGAAAAAAUGAUAAUCAUAUCUAAUUGACAAAUCAGACAAUUUAUUGUAUGUUAUAGACUGAACUCGAUAAAGCAAAAAGCGAUACAAAAAUUAUGUAUGAAGAACUUGAGUUAUUCUUCAUUAAUUAUGUAGCUGAAUACAUUAAUAGACCAUUGUUGGCAUAUGUAGAAUUGAAGAAGUAUGAAAUUCUCACAAAUCAACAGUCAUACUUUUUCAUUAUCAUUAAAUAUCAACUGAGUUAAUUUCUUUAACAAUUAGUUAGAAAAUAGUAGAAUCUAAUUAAAUUAAAUAGUAUUUAGUAAUAAUAAUAAUAAUAAGAAAAAUAAUUAAGUAUCACAUCUAUUCAUGAAACUUUAAGAUUCUAAGAAACAUUUAUACCAAAAGUAAAGGAGAUAAUUUUAGAAAAAAUUAGUUUUUGGACUAAUUAGAUAAAAGGAUUUAAUAGUAUUUAUGAUAUUGAGAGAAUGGCAAUAUCUUAAAGUUCGAAUAUUUAAAUCUUACAUGAAGAACUCAAAAGAUUUUGUAGAUUUGAUUUUCAUAAUUUGGAUAAGUUAUCUUAAAUUUAUAAUGUAUAAACUAUAAAGUUCAUAUCUAUGUUUUUCAGUGCAGUAAUGAAUGAUUAUUAUAGUACUUAAAUUUGUGAACAAGUAAUAGCUGAAAUAUUUAAUCUUGAACAUACAUAAUCAGAUGAUUUAAUAACAAAUAUUUUAUUGAUAGAAGAGAGAGCAGCAUUAAUAUAAAUUAGUAUGGUUAGAAAUAGAGGUAAAAUAAUUAAUUCAGAUAAAAGAUUAUUGGCAAAAUAUUUUGACUUUGAUGAAUAGGAAUUUUAAUAAAUUGAUACUAUUAGUGCUUUGAUGCCAUAUUUUUUUGCAGAAAAGCAUGACAAAUUACUUUAGGAUUAUUUGUAAUCAGCAAAAUCUAUUUUUUUUGAUGAUUAUAAAUUAGUUUUUGGAAUAUCAAGAGAAGGAUUUUUAGUACCUUAAUAAUUAAAAAUUGAUAAUGAUUUCUCCCUUUUAGAUGAUUAUAUUUUAAUGGGAUGUAUGUCUAAAGUAAAACAUUCAUCAGAUUUUGUUUUAUUUGGAGAAGAUGGUUAUCUAAUUGGUUGUACUUAAAAUUUUUAUGAAAUGUUUUUUACAUUUUAACAAUCAAUAAAUAGAUUUACAUCUGAUAUGAUAUGUCAAAUUAGCAUUUGCAUGUUGUUUCCAAAUAUAUUUGAUUUGCUCAUUGAUUUAAGAAAUAAACUAAAGAGUGACUUGUAAUAUGGAUCACCUGAUAAUUAUUGUAAAAUUUGGAAAUUCUUUAAUAUAAAAGAUAUCUUAGAAGAUGGAUUUAAAUUAUAAUAAUCAUUAAAACAAUUUUCAACCCAAAAUUAUGAAAAAUCUUAAAGUAUUUAAAAAUCAAGGACAAGUUAAGCAUCAUUAGAUUUAAAUAAAACAAGAAUCCUCUAAUAAUAAAUAAUUGAUAAUUAUGAAGUUCAGAAUACAUUGAAAACUAUUUAAUAUCUAUAUUAAUUACCAUUAUUUAAUGUUGUUGUGUAAAGUUAAAUGGCUGAUAAUAUAAGAAGAUUUGAAGUAUUUAAUUGUAAUAUAUACUUAGGAAAAGUAAAAAUAGUGUUUUAUUAGUAAAGUUCAAUUGUAAUUUAGAAUAAUGGGAAAGAAGGACUAAAGAAAAGGUUAUUUUAUUUUAGAAAUCUUAGAUAUUAGAAGAACUGAUGAUAAUAAAACAAAUGAAUCAAUUGCAAAUAAUUAAUACUCAAAUAAUGCUGUUUCUACAAAUUAUCAUUAAUAAAGUAUUAUGUAUAUUAAAGAUAUUAGCUAAUAUGGAAAAUAGUUAAUCAUAAAUUCAACCUAGUGAAAAUGGAUUAGAAGCACCAUCAGUAGCUGUGGAGGAAGUACGUCCAGAUGUUACAAAAAUAAAUGAAGUUUCAUUAUUAAUCAAGAAGUAUGGAAAUAGAUUGCCAGAAUUAUCAAAUUAUGAAGGUUAAUUGAUUGCUAUAGAAUCUGCAAGGGAUAGUAUGAGCUAUGCACCUAUUUCUCAAAGAAUUUAAUUCAUCAGUCCUUCUUCUAAGUAAUAGUAAUUACAAGGAUUAAUUGAAAAGGAUUUUACGGAUUUAUAAAAUCAACUUGAAUAUGGAAAUGGAGAUAUCAUAAACGAUAUUGAUGUACCAGAAUCAUCAUAAGUCAAAGGAAUAAGUAGUAAUAAUAAGAAGGAGAAUAGUCAUAAUCUUUUAUAAUAAUUAUAAGAAAAUCAAUUAUAAUAAAAGAAGAAUGAUUUUGAAGUGAGUGCAAAGAAAUCAAGAUCAAGUAAUACUUCUGGUACAUCUGGAAUAUCUGCAAUACAAGUUAUAAAGAAAUUUCAAUCAAAGAGGGAUUUAACUUAAAGUUUAUAAGCAUUAUUAGCAAUCAAUAUUUUGAUAGUAUUAAUAAUUGCUAUAUAUAUAAUUAUUCAUCUAACAAAUGUUAGUGCAUACCAUGAUGAAUUAUUAUAGACUCUUAUUAAUAUUCAAGCACCUUUAUUAUUUAAUAGAUAUUUCUUUAAGACAUUUUGUUAUAUAUGGAGUCUAGUGUUCAAUUCAUUAAGUAUUAUAGACAGCAGUGAUUAUAUAAUUACUUAAACUUUAUAAGAGAUUGAAGUACUUGCAGACACAAUGCUUGACAGUUUAAGAAAUAUGUAUGAUACAUUUAUUGGAAUUGAGUUUUAGGGAAUGUUAAGUAAAAUUAAUUUAGAUUUCUUAUAUUAAGAAAAUGAAGAAGUAACUUAUACAUAUUUUAUAAAUUUUAUAUCAAAUAUUGCUGAUUUAUUGUUUUAAGCAUAAUAUCAUACUGUUUAAGAUUUAGAUGAAUUGAUUGAUUAAAACUAUCUAGAUAAUCUAUUGACAUUAAGAUACAAUUUAAAGAAUGUUAAUUAUAUGAAUGUUGAAUUAUUGGAUUCAUUAAAUAUAUUAUUCUUUGAUUUGUAAUAAUCAAAAUUAACAGAAUUUUAAUUAUAAAUAAGCAUAGAAAUAAUAGUAUUAUGUUUAAUUAUGUUUGGUUAAAUUUAUUAUUGGAAUCAAUUGGAAAAAUAUUGUCAAACAAUAAUUCUUUUAGCUGGAAGGUUGUAGGAGAAUUAAGCUUAAGAGUAAAUUAUUAGAUUCUCUUAUGUAAAUGAAACUUUAUCAACAUUUUUAGGAAAGUAAAGUUGGAAAUAAUAAAAUUAUUAUAAAUUAUUAUAUUCAUCAUUAAAUUAAUUAGGUUUAGAAUCUGUUUAUACUUAAUCUAGAAUAUUAAAGGAUUAUUAAUUGUAAUUGAUUAAUAAGAAUCCUUAGAAGUCAGAUGUAAAUAAUGAAGAAGGAUAGAAAAAAAUUAGAAAGAAUUAGAAUGUUGUAUUAAAUUCAAGGAUUGCUAAUUCCGGAAUAUCUAUUAUAAAAGAAGUAUUUAUUAUAACAAUAUCAUUCAUUAUUAUUCUUGGAUUUAUUAUUGGAGGUUAUUUCUUAUAUAAUUCUCAAGCAAGUAAUUUAUAUCCUACUUAAUAAUUGACAUUAAGUUUUAUUAGAUUUACUUCAUAAUAAGACAUCACUAUAAGUUGUGCUUUAGUAAUCAAAUCAUAGCAGGCAUUAUAUUAAAAAUUAGUAGAGGAUAAAUAUUAUACAGAUAUGCAAAUUCAGAAUUUUUAAGGAGCUGGAGAAAUUAUGAAUAUAUUUUUGGAUUAUUAUGAUUCAUAUUUUGAAAAUUUAACAGCCAUCUAUGAAUUCAUUUUAGAAUCAAAUAGAAUAAAUGGAGAUGAUGAAGCUGUUCUAUUUAAUUUGUAUUCUGAAGACUUUUGUUUACUAUUAGCUGAUCUUAUUCCUUUUUGUGAAGUAGAUGCUAAUUUCAAUUCUAAAUAUGGGUCACCAAAUCCAGAUGAUGAUAAUCGAGAGUUUCUAAGUUCAGGUAUCUAAGGUGUAGUGAGUCGAAUUGAUUCCUUAUUUAAAUAGUAAUUCAUUUAUGAAAUAGAGAACUAAGAUUAUAGAGAUGAGUUAGAUAUAGUCAUAGAAUAAUUAAAUACUAAAGAGUUUAAUAAUGCAAUUUUUCAGCACUUUUUAGAUACAACUGAUGGUACUAAUUUAUUUAUAGAUAACAUUAUGUUAAUCUUAAAGAAUGUGAUGGGGGAGGAUUUAAAUGUAGUUUAUUCAUAUUACUUGGCAGCAGGGAUAUCCUUAGUACUGAUAUAUAUUAUAGUCUUUGGUAUUUGGAUGUACUCCACAAAUUAAAGGCUAAUUUUGUUAAGAUUAGUGUUAACUAAUCUACCUAUUGAAACAUUGACAGAACCACACACAUUAACAUUAUUAAAGAAAUUGAAAUGA